UCUACUACAAAACGUUAACGGAACAAAAAGCCAACAAUGGCUUCUUAACAAUCAGUAUAAAAACACCAACUUGCCGAAUAAUAACCAACACACAAAAAGAAAAAAAAAAUAGCGAGCGCCAAAAGAUCAAGACUUUUGGUCGAUAAGCCAACGAGAACAAGAAAGAAAAGACCCAAUGGGAAAUUUCACUCGCAAUUUGAAGAGCGCGGUCAUUGCGUUUCUCGUUCCUCUUCCCUCCAUUCUCUUCUACAUCUCUUUCCUCAACCAUGAAAGUAAUUCUUCAUCUCCUCUUUGGAAUUGGUGUUACAACCACCCUCUCUUGUUGGCCAACGUCCUCUUCUUCCUCAACGUCAAUGUCCUCUUCUGGGUCAUCAGCCAAAUCCUUUCCAGCCAUUGGAUGAUUGACUUGUAUUGGACAGUGAUACCGGUGAUGCUGGUUAACUACUAUGCGAGUCACCCGUUGGGUGACUACAAUUUGUGGAGAUCGAGAGUGGCGAUAUUGCUGAUAUGGGUUUGGAGUCUUAGGCUUACUCAUAACUAUUUCAGGAGGGAAAAGUGGCAGUGGGGCGCCAGGGAAGAUUGGAGGUUCACUGAUAUGAGCAGCCAGUAUGGUAAGCAUUGGUGGUGGAUUUCCUUUUUCGCCGUCUAUGUAUCACAGCAGGUAUUUAUAAUUGGUCUCUCCCUUCCACUGUAUGUGAUCCACACAGUGGAUGAACCAUUGAACAUCUGGGAUUUUGUUGCCAUCAUAGUUUGCGUCUCCGGCAUCGCCAUUGCUUUCUUUGCUGACACACAACUCCACGAAUUCGUGACUAGGAAUGAAAAGUUGAAGGACCUUGGGAAGCCUGUGGUGGCCAAUCUUGACAGGGGCUUGUGGCAAUAUUCCCGACACCCGAACUACUUUGGAGAGCAAUUGUGGUGGUGGGGGCUGGUUGUUUUUGCUUGGAACCUCGGACAAGGGUGGACCUUUGUUGGUUCUCUCGUCAAUAGUAUGUGUUUAGCUUAUGUGACUAAGCUCGUGGAAGACCGGAUGCUGAAGCGGGCCUACAGGGCAGAGGCUUACAGGCUGUAUCAGAAGACAACAUCAGUGUGUAUACCUUGGUUCAAGUCAUCCGCAAUAGCAGAAAAAGAUAAGGACACAUAAAUUAACCGAUUUUCUUUGCUGUGGCGCUUCUGUAGAUCUUUCUAUGUGUAUUCUCUUUAUAAUUUAUCUUCUUUGUUAUGUCAGCGCUUGGUCAUGAACUCCGUUGUUUAUUUGAAAGAAGGGUUGGAUCA